UCAGAGAAGAAGAAGAAGCAGAAGAAGCGUCAUGGCUGUCUCAAAUCUCUUUCAAACUUUAUUAUACACAGUCAACAAUCUGCUGCAACAACACAAAUAUAAAACUGCUCUGGCUGUCGUCAAAGGCUUCAGGAAUGGAGCUGUAUAUGGGGCAAAAAUUCGCGCCCCUCACGCCCUUGUAAUGACAUUUCUGUUCAGAAGCGGCAGUCUGAGAGAGAAGUUGAAGGCGAUCGCUCAGGCCACAUACACGCACUCCAGGAAUUUGGCCUGUUUUGUGUUCACGUAUAAGGGACUGCAGGCGAUCCAGAAGCACAUACAGGGGAAACAGCUUCAGUCUCACUCAUUCCUAGCCGCUUGUCUCGGAGGCUGGCUGGUGUUUGGAGAAAAUAACAACAUCAACAGCCAGAUAAAUAUGUACCUGCUGUCCAGAAUUCUCUUUGCAUUGUCUCGUCUGGCAGUGGAAAAGGGCUUCAUUCCUCAACCCAAGAGAGAUCCGUUCCCGCUGUUUGCUACACUGGUGUGGGGCAUCGUUCUGUGGUUGUUUGAGUAUUAUCCUCAUACCCUUCAGCCCUCGCUACAGUCCUCUAUGAACUAUCUUUAUCACGACAGCAAUACAUGGCAUGAUAUUACAGACUUUCUCAUUUAUAACAAACCAAAAGCCAAUUGAAAUUUCAGGUAACAGUGGCACGGACAAAUCGAGACUCCUACAUUAAAUCUAGCUUAUAUAAAAGGCCACUUUAACCAUUGUUUGUUUGUUUGUUUCAAUGAAGGGUUUAAUGUCUAUUAACACACCAUGUUUUCUGAACUUUAUUACCCUAACAGGUUAGAAUAUACACUGAACUACUAUAUAAUUGAACUACAAAAUAUAAUUUGUUUGGGGGUUUUUUUUCUUUUGAUUUUGCAUUUUCAUUAGAUU